AUGCAUUAUCGGCGGGGACACACAAAAUCCCGGCAUGGCUGCACUACUUGCAAAACUAGACGUGUAAAGUGCGAUGAACUACGACCAAUUUGCAGCAACUGCGACCAAAGACGUGAAACAUGUGUUUAUCCCGGUCUAGGGCCUCACUUUUUUGCGGAUAAUACCCGAAGACCUCAGAAGAAAGCUCGAUCACCACCAGAAGAUCAACCACAGACGACACCUGAUGCCCACAUUUUCAUACCCGAUGCAUGGACCUCGCAUUCACCGGGCAGCUCAAUUCCAACUCCUAGUUUUUCUUCAUUGGACAUGACCCAGCUAGAACUUGUAUUACAAUGGAUCAAGCACACACACAAAUUCGCUGUGCGGAACGAAGAGACAAGAAAAGUCUGGGAGAUGCCUGUACUUGAAGAAGCUCUCAAAGCACCAUUUCUUAUGCACGGAAUAUUGGCACUUUCUGCUAUGCAUCUUUCACAUUUACGUCAAGAUGAAAGACAUGUGAUGUGGCUUGACAUCGCCAUAGCGCAUAAAAAUACCGCUCUGGUGAUGUUCUCUGAUCAACUACGCAAUAUCAGCCAGACAAAUGCGAAAGCCAUGAUGAUUUUUGCUGGCCUGGCAUUUGCGUUUAGUCUAGCAAGUGCUCUCAAAAUGGAAAGCAAAGAAGACGGACCAGGCUUGGAUGCCCUCACAAAUGUCUUUGUUUUGGCUCGAGGUGUCCAGGCAGUGCUAGAUGUGGAGGGAGAAUUCUUGCGACAAAGCAACUUCGCACCCCUUCUCAAUGUCAUAACCCCCGAGGUCGAUAUUCCUGAUCAUUUUUAUGCUGCGAUGGAUCGACUUGAGGAGUUGAAACUUCAGUACCAUCAAAUGGAUCCUGAUGUCGACUAUGACUCGUACACCAGGACGAUCGAUCAAUUGCGGCAACUUGCUGUUUUUAGCUACGCCGAGCCUACGUCGAUGACUAUGGCUGCUGGGUGGGCUAUUCGAGCCCCGCAAAAAUACCUCGAUGAUCUCAGAGCUCAUAAACCUUUCGCUUUGGUAGUGUUGGCUCACUACUGUGUCUUUCUGCACAUGGGCCAAGAAAACUGGUCUAUAGGGUGUUGGGGCCGCAAGGUUCUUGAAGAGAUCACCCAGAUCCUUGAUCCUCAUUGGAAACCUCAUAUUGAAUGGGCUGUUUUAAAUGUUCUCUCGGGAGAAGACCAAAUACAUCAUGACCAAGAGACAUGA